UUCUCAGAUUAAUUCUUGGCAUAUCAACAGUUCAAAACUACCCUCAUCAAGAGUUCAAAACUAUCUCUUCUCUAAGGAAUCUUUCAUCAAAGGUGAAGAAUGAAGGUUUUCGCUUCUUCUUCUUCAAGAAAUUCUAAAACAAAACAUCAUGUGUUUCUCAGUUUCAGAGGUGAGGACACACGCGAAAACUUUACCAGCCAUCUUUAUGUAGCUCUGUGUCACAAUAAAAUUGACACUUUCAUUGAUAAUGAAGAUCUUGAUAAAGGAGAUGAAAUUUCACCAUCCCUUUUGAAAGCAAUCGAAGAAUCGAAGAUUGCGAUUAUCAUCUUUUCAAAAGACUAUGCCUUUUCUAAAUGGUGCCUUGAAGAACUUGUAAAUAUCAUUGAAUGCAAGUCAUUGAGAGAUUUGAUUGUAUUGCCAAUUUUCUAUCAUGUGGAUCCGUCAGAUGUAAGGAAGCAAACUGGGACAUUUGGCAAAGCAUUUGUGAAGCAGGAAGAAGAGCAGAGCUUAGAGACGGUGGUGAGAUGGAGGAAUGCUUUGACAGAAGCAGCUAAUCUAUCUAGCUUUGAUUCAGAAAAUAUCAGACUUGAAGCUGCAUUAAUAGAGGAAAUUGUUCAAAACAUUUUGAAAAGACUUCAUCAUAUAUUCCCAAAGGUUAACAAGGGCCUUGUUGGUUUAGAAUCAAGAAUCAAGGCGCUUGAAUCUUUAUUGCAGCUCCAGUACUCGACACAUUUUUUUACUGUAGGAGUUUGGGGGAUAGGUGGUAUUGGUAAAGCAACUCUUGCUCAUGCAGUAUACAAUAAUAUUUCAAGCAAAUUUGACGGUUACUACUUUCUAAAUAAUGUUAGGGAAGAAUCAGAAAAACAUGGAUUCGGUUGGUUGAUUCAAGAACUUCUUUUUGCAUUAUUAGAUGAUAGAUAUGCCACUUUACAAUCUACAUUCACAAAAUAUAGGCUUCAUAAUAAAAAGGUUCUUAUUGUUCUUGAUGAUAUGACUUGUUCAGAACAAAUAGAAAAACUAAUUGGUAACGACCAUGAUUGUUUUGGUCUUGGAAGUAGAAUAAUUAUAACAACAAGAGAUAAGCAAGUGCUUCGAAAUUGUGGAGUGAAUCAUGAUAAAAUAUAUGAGGUUAAGGCAUUACCAGAUGAGACGAAACAAGAAUGGGAAAGUGUAGUGUGUAACUUGGAAAGGAUUUCAGAUUCAAAGAUCCUUGAUGUGCUAAAAGUAAGUUAUGAUGGAUUAAAUGACGAACAGAAAAAUAUAUUUUUAGAUAUUGCAUGCUUCUUUAAAGGGGAUCAUAAGAAUUGCGUAAUGAAAAUCCUCAAUGCAAGUGGGUUUGCCUCAGAGAUCGGAAUCAGUAUACUCAUUGACAUGUCUCUCUUAAUGAUAACAAUCGAUGAUAUCUAUCAUGUAUUGAUAAAAAAUACGGGUACAGAAGCAAUUGAAGGCAUAAAAUUGGAUAUGUCUAAAAUAAAAGAUUUAUACCUGAAACCUGAUGCUUUCUUAAAGAUGAGUAACCUGAGAAUAUUGAAUUUAUAUUCCUCAAAUAAGGUUCAUCCUUCCGAAGGAUUUUAGUUUGCUUCUCUUGAUCUUGUGCUUUUUCAAUGGCCUCAAUAUCCGUUGAAAUCAUUAUCAUUAAAUUUUUAUCAGGAGAAUCUUGUUGAACUUAUCAUGCCUUGUAGCAACGUGAAACAACUUUGGAAUGAUGUCCAUAAUUUGGAUUAUUUAACAUACAUUGACCUCAGUCAUUCUAAACAUCUCAGUAAAAUCCCAGAUCUGUCCUUGGCCUCAAAUCUUGAGAGGUUGAUUCUUGAAGACUGCAUAAGUUUGAUUGAGGUUCAUCCAUCUAUUCAAUAUCUCAAUAAACUCGUUUUCCUCAAUCUCAGGGGUUGCAAAAGCCUUACGAGUCUUCCAAUUAACAUUCGAUCAAAAUCUCUAAGGUGUAUUAUUCUCUCUGGUUGCUCAAAUCUCAAGAUGGCUCCAAAGAUCGUUGGUAACCUCGAGUACCUAUAUUUAGAUGGAACAAGUAUACAAGAGUUGCCCUUGUUUGAUCAUCCAUCAAAACUAGUUCAUUUGGAUCUUUGAGACUGUUCAAGGCUCGAAAAUCUCUCCAGCACCAUUUGUAAUUUGGAGUCCCUUCGCAGCCUUUCCCUCUCGGGUUGUUCAAAACUAAUUAGAUUGCCCAAUGACUUUGGCAGAGGUUUUGGUGAUCUAUCGUCUCUACAUUUAGACAAUUGCCAAAUUAUGAAGAUACCCGACAGUUUCUGUCAGCUAUCAUCUCUAGUGGACUUACAUCUUCGAGGAAACAAUUUUGUAUGUUUGCCAGAAAGCUUUCAAAAACUUGGGAAGUUGUGUUAUCUGGACAUAAGUAAUUGCGAGAAGCUUCGGUUUAUACUAAUGCUUCCAAGAUCGUGCCGGGAUGUUCUAGCAUGCAACUGCACAUCAUUGGAGGUGGUAUCUUUAAGUUGUUUCAAAAUCAAAGUUGAAAAAGAUGUUAUGACAAUACAGUCAAAGAUUUCAAAAUCAAAGAGUGCUUCUGUUAUUUACCCUAGAAAUGAAAUCCCAGAACUGUUCUACUCUCGAGAAAUGGGCUAUUCUAUAAUCGUUCUGAAGCAGAGACAAGAACCUUGUAAGAUACAGAAGUCGAUAAGUUUGUCUGUGGGAUCUGUUAUAAAAUUUUAUGACCGAUACAAUCACCAGACCAGAUUUCGGUACAACUUGAUUGGCGUCGAAGAAUAUGUUAAGACGGCAAGAGGUGUCGAAGAUGGUACUAAAAGAGGAGGAAAAGAAAAAGGAACGGCAAUCCAAGAGAUUGAAAAGUUUCGAUUUUUAGCUUUAGAUUAAGUUAAAUACAUUUUUGAUUUCAAAAUUUUUUAAUAUGUUUAAUGUAGAGCCGGACCUUAUUGUGCUGGAACAGCUGUCCUAAUUACAGGAGACUUUGCCAAUCUAUUGUUAGAAAUUUUCUCUCAUCAGAUGAGGAGGAAAUUGAUUCUCUUGUAAUGAAGAGGAGAGUGUGGGGUUAAGUUAUUCCUAUGAAAGAUGAUAUAAAAAACAAGCGAAAGAAUACAAAGGACAUUAGAGGCCAAUCCAACUCUCAAGAGAAGUUAGUUCUGACUUUCUAAAAUAGAUUGUGUAGUAAAUUUCGUUCAUAGAAUCAUGAAUUUUUUGGGCAUAGAAGAAUAUGGUAAGAAGCAGAGGACUUCUCUGCAUGAACAGAGGAUCAAGGAAUCAAACAUUUCAGAUAUUCUUUUGAUGUAAGAUGAGUUAACCAUCAUUUAACUGGUUUAUGUUAUAAAUUUUAUAAAUUAAU